UCAAAACCAUCUCAUGGCGCAGCCACCUGAUCCAACUCAAAUUAUUGUCCCUGUUGAGGAUGAUAUUGCUUCUGAGGACCGUUCUCAGCCACGACGGUCUUCAGAGAAGGAGGAGAAAUCAAGGGUUUCCCUUGGAAGCGCUUCUCCUGAUGCUGAGCUCACCGGAAGGGAGCACGUACAACUCUUGUCCACUUCAAAGAAGGGCGACUUAGAGAGCAAGAAGAACGAAGAAACUAUGGAAAGUAGUUUUUCUCGUGUCACGGUCCCACGAAAGGCAAAGUUGUUUGCCAAAAGUCUGAAGUCAAGGCUAGAUGCCCCUAGAUGCGGUAACAGCCAAGAAGAUGAGGACUGGUUUUUGGAUGAAGAUGUUUUGGCUGGAACCCGCCCAAAAAAGAUGAGUUUGUUGACUCUGUUCCAAUUAGUGAGUCUGGUGUUGGUUAUGAUUAUAUUAGUAUGCACGCUCUCACUUACCAAGUUAAAGAAAAUCAAGCUCUGGGAUCUUCCACUAUGGAAGUGGGAGAUGCUCAUUUCUGUUAUAAUUAGCGGUCAUUUGGUCACAGGCUGGGGAGUGAGGAUCAUCGUCUUUACCACUGAGCAAGCUUUUGUUUCAAAAAAUAUGCGGGUUUUGUAUUUUGUAUACGGCAUGAAGAAGGCUGUUCAGCAUUGCAUUUGGCUAACGCUAAUCUUGAUUGUUUGGCAUUACCUGGUGGCUGAAAAUAUGGGAUUGGAGACGCGAAGCAAGGCCCUAACACGCGUAUCGAAGGCUCUGCUGUGUCUCGUGGUAGGUUCCUUAGUCUGGCUUGUUAAAGUGUUCUUCGUUAAGGUCCUGGCUUCAUCCUUUUAUAACAAGACCUUCUUUGAACGGGCUAAAGUGUACUUGUUCAAGCAAUACGUGAUAAAGAAGUUGUCUGCACCCCCGGGUGGAGGAGAGCAGAGCGAGGAGGAUGCAGCAAAGGUGGGAGGUGAGACAAAGCUAAAAGAUCUUCCUCAAUUUCUCAGGCGAGGGUUCUCUAAAAGCAAAGGUCAGGUAAGCUCCAGGGGUAGGCAGCGCAAGCUCGUUCGGAGAAAAGCACCAGGUCUACUGCUGAAGAGGUGGCUGAGUAUGGUCCACAGUGGCUUGCUACAUGGACUCUCCACCCUGGACGAGGGUCUACCUGAUUCGAGUGAUGAUGAGGAUGAGAAAUCAUUGAGCUGCAAAGCAGAAAAAGUAGCUAAGAAGAUUUUUAAAAAUGUUGCCAAGAACUCGGAAGUCAUUGUUCUAGAGGAUCUGAAGCAAUUUAUGAAAGCAGAUAAAGCAUCGCUGGCCAUGCAUCUGUUUGAGGGAACAGCAGGAACGGAGGGUAUCAACGAGCAUUCAUUCACCCGUUGGAUGGUUGAUGCAUAUAAAGAAAGAAUAUAUCUUCAAUUGUCUCUUAGUGACACAAAAACGGCAGUCGAUGAGCUGCACCAUCUGAUGGAUGCCGUAGUAAUCAUCAUCAUAGUCAUUAUAUGGCUCCUCAUUUUUGAGCUUGCAGUAGCUCAUUUUAUUGUCAUCAUCAGUUCCCAGCUGCUUUUGGUGGGCUUCAUCUUUCAGAACACCUUGAAAACAGUAUUUGAAGCUAUCAUAUUCCUAUUCAUCAUGCACCCCUACGACGUGGGUGAUCGCUGUGAAAUAGAGGAGGUGCAGAUGGUAGUUGUGGAGAUGAAUAUACUAACUACAGAAUUUGAGAGAUACGAUGGACAAAAGAUCAUAUAUCCCAAUAGCAUUCUUGCUACAAGACCCAUUGGCAACUAUAAUCGUAGUCCUCACAUGGGAGAUCAAAUUGAAUUCUCCAUCCACAUCUCUACUCCAUGGGACAAAAUUCUCACUUUGCAGCAGAAUAUAAGAAGCUACGUUGAAAGUAACGCAAAGCAUUGGUAUCCGGAUCCAACGAUACUAAUUAAGGAUGUCGAAGACAUGAACAGACUGGUAAUGGUAGUCUGGCCAAAACACAGAAUGAACCAUCAGGACAUGAGGCAGAGAUGGUUGAGGAGAGCAUUGUUGGUUGAUGAAAUGAUCAAGAUUUUCAGGGAACUGGACAUUCAAUAUCGCCCGUUGCCUCUUGACAUGAAUGUCAGAAACAUGCCUGCGGUAACCUCUAACAAGUUCCCUUCGAACUGGACCACCUGUUCUGGCUCAGAGCGACCAUGAACAAAAACUUGCUCUUGCUUCCUGGGCCCUAUAGAUGUCGUGGAAAAAGCAAACUAUAUGGUACUAGCUCCCUUUCACGGGCAACUGACUUGGAAAUGGAUCAAGGCCCUGUCAGCCAACUCUCAGAUCUUUGUUGUCUUACACAUUUUAAUUGAGCGGAAUAAGCUAUGUUCUCAGAUCAAAACUAGACAUUGAAGUGUGCCCAAUGCAAAUUUUUUGCAAGAAAUAAGA